UAUAUUCAAUUAGGUGAAAGAUUAAGAUGUAAUAAAAAAAUUCUUCCAAAUAAUUUUAAACAUGAUGGGGGACACAUACACGAAGAGGGUGGUUUUAUUUUUGUGAUGCAAAGUGCCGGUUCUUGUAUAUUGCCUUAUGGGCUCAUUCAAUUUCAUGAUAUAAGGCAUGGAAAUAUGUCACAAAUUGCACAAAUUGAGUUAAUCGGAGAAGAUAAUGAACCUGAAUACGCAGGUCAAAAUGAAGAAAAUUCUGAUCAAGGAAAUGAUAGACGUCUUGUUAAUGACAAAUUAAAGCCCGAUCUUUUUAGAAAAAAGGAUUUCAUUUCUCAUGAGUUAUUCUGGGAACGAACAGGGUUUAAAGAUCCUUAUUCGGUUCAAGAACAAAAAGAAUUCAUAAUAUAUGAAGAUAGCUCAAAUAUUAAAUGUUCAAAGUAA